AUAUUCUGCUUUCACAGGGUGAAAAAAACUUACUCUUCUAAUCAACAAUUCAGACUUAUAUAUAGGAAGUGUAUAUUGAGUGACCAUGGCUGACAUGCUAGCAAAUCUAGCUAAAGAAAGAUUAUGGGAACCUUAUAGAGGACUCGAAAAGAAGAUAGUGAAUCUAAAGGGAAAGAUGGAGUUGCUCGGUAGUCGAAAGGUUGAUAUAGUGGCUACAAUAGAAGAUGCUGAAUUUCAUUCAUCCAAGAAAAGGAAAACAGAAGUUCAAACAUGGUUAAGCAAUGUCAAUAACAAACUAGAAGAGUUCCAGAGCCUUGAGAAAGAAGUUCAAGAGUGUGGCCGAUUUGAUCGUAUAAAAUUGGCAAAUUUUGCUGAUACAAUGAUUGAGGAAGCCGAGGAACUCAUAAAACAAGGCAAGUUUCCUGAAGGGGUUUUACAUAAUGUAUAUGAAGAAAAAGGGGAGCCUUUGGUGACAACAAAUUUAAAAGGCCAAGUAUUCAGACAAAAUUUGGAAAAUAUAUCUGAAAUACUAAGGAACGAUGAGGUAUCAAUCAUUGGCAUUUAUGGCAUGGGUGGGGUGGGUAAAACCACUAUGGCUAUGAAUAUCCACAACGAGUUAUUACAAGAAAGUAGAUUCUUGGGUCACAUUUAUUGGGUCACUGUAUCUCAAGAUUCGAGUAUUCAAAAGUUACAAAAUGGCAUAGCCGAGAAUGUUGGCUUAGAUCUUUCUUGUGUUAAUGAUGAGAUAAAAAGGGCCGCAAAGCUAUUCCAAGCAUUGAAGAGAAUGAAUACUUUUGUCCUAAUACUCGAUGAUGUUUGGAAUAACUUUGACGUGAAAAAAGUGGGGAUUCCACUUGGAAAUGGAGGCAAAAUGAUCAUAACAAGCCGAUCACUUGAAGUAUGCCGUAGAGUUGGUUGCCAAAAGAAUGUCAAAGUCAAUCCUCUUUCUAAAGUAGAAGCUUGGGAUUUAUUUACUGAGAAACUUGGACAUGGCAAUAAUAAUGAAGUACAAGUAAUCCCGAUUGAAAUAGAAAAAAUAGCAAUGAAAGUGGCAGAGAGAUGUGCUGGGCUACCACUUGGAAUCAUAACAAUGGCUGGCUGUAUGAAGGGAGUAAAUGACAUUUUUUAUUGGAAGGACGCGUUACAAGAGUUGGAAGAAUCUUCCAUGAUGCAAGAUGAUAUGAAGAAUGAGGUGUUCCCUAUUCUCCAUUGUAGUUAUACUCGCUUGAGGGAUCCCCGGUUACAAAAGUGCUUCUUGUAUUGUUGCCUAUAUCCAGAGGACUUUGAAAUUCCAAGAGUUGAGUUAGUCAACAAGUUCAUCAUGGAGGGAUAUAUAAAUGCAAGGAAUAGUAGGCAAGCGCAAAUAGACCAAGGCCAUGCAAUACUAAAUAAGCUAGAAAAUGUAUGUUUGUUAGAAAGCACUGAGGAUGUAGAUGAAAAUAAAUGUGUUAAGAUGCAUGACUUGAUACGAGAAAUGGCUAUAAAAAUCACCAGCCAUCCUCAUCAUGAUCGCUUCAUGGUAAAAGCUGGAAUGCAAUUGAGAAAGAUGCCAGAGCUUCGUGAAUGGUCAGAAGAUCUUGACAAGGUAUCCUUGAUGCAUAAUUGUAUCGAUCAGAUUUCUCCUUGUGAACUAUACAAAUGUUUGGAACUGACAACCCUAUUGUUGCAAGAGAAUCGCUUGUUGCGAGAAAUUCCAUACUCAUUUUUCAUGUUCAAGCCUUGUCUACGUGUUUUGGAUCUAAGCUAUACCAAUAUUGAAAAAUUGCCUGAUUCUCUAUCAACCUUGGAAAAUUUGAAUGCCUUAUUGCUUAAAGGUUGUGGAGAACUUAGCUUUGUUCCAUCACUGAGCAACCUUAAGGUACUUAGCGAACUCGAGCUUACUGGAACAGGGAUUAAGCAAGUUCCCGUAGGCAUACCUAACUUGGUUAAGUUGAAAUGUCUAACCAUGAGCGGGUUGAAGAAGCUAAGAAGUAGUGAACCACCCAUAGAUAUGUUUGGAAGCCUAUCCCAUCUCCAGCGUCUCAUGACUCCAUUUUCUAUACGAGCAAUGGACCUAGAGAGGAUGAAACAACUUGAAGAAUUUGGGGGUAAGAUGUUCAGUCUGUCUGAUUUCAACAAAUUCGUAGAAAAUCGAGAAUGUUAUGGGCAGCCAAUCUUCUUUCGGGUCACUCUAAAUGGUUUGACCAGUGAUAGUGUUGGAGAUUUGUAUGAAUACCCUGUGAUAUUUUCCAGCAAAGAAGUCAUUUUGAAGGAUUACUGCCUGAAGGGUGGAAAUGUAGUACAACCCUUGAGGGAACAGUCAGAAGCUGUAAUCAAUUUUCCAAGGGACAUGCAAAGACUUGAAGUUUCAUGGUGCGAUUUCAUAAGUUCGGAUAAUAGCUUCUUAAGUGCCCUGCCAUCCUUGAUCAAUUUGACAGAUUUGAAGUUAGUCAAAAUUGUUUCUAGUGACGGUAUAGAGUGCAUACUCCGAUUACCCUCCAAUUGCCAAGAAUUGAUUGUGCCAGAAGGACUUGGGUCGUUACUCAAAAGCUUGGAGAAUUUGGAACUGUACAAUUUGAAGGAUAUUGUUAACCUUAUUGACAUCCAACCUAAUACUGAAGCAUCUUUUAUGGCUCUUUCACAUGGAUCGUUUUCAAACUUGAAGAAGUUAAGGAUUGAACAUUGUUACCAAAUCAAGGUGAUGUUUCCUCAAUGGUUGUGGAAAAAUCUCCACAACCUUGAACAUGUUGUGGUGUCAUAUUGUGAGGGGAUAGAAGAAAUUAUUAGCGAGAAUGAGGAAGAGGAAGUGGAUCAAGAAGCGAGCAGUCAAUACCUGAGUAGUCCUUCAUCAUUGUUUGCCUCUACCGGUGUCAUCCUCCCUAAACUAAGAGUAGUUCAUUUGACUGAGCUACCGGCACUCAAAAGCAUAUCUAAGGGAAGAAUGACUUGUGUAUCCCUUGAGGAAAUAGGUCUAUGUGGCUGUCCAAAGCUUGAAAGACUGCCAUUUUUUCAUCCUCUUCGUGAUGGAGAACCACUGUUUAUUCCACAUGCUCUCAGAUCUAUAUAUGUAAGUCAAGAACUUUGGGAAUCACUAGAGUGGGACUAUCCUCAAGCUAAGAGUAUGCUUCGACAGAAUUUCAUAAGAGUAAGCUCAGUCGCUAUAACAAUUUCAACAAUUGCUGAAAUUGCGGCAAUAAUUCAAACAAUUGCUGAAGUUGCCGCAACAAAUACCAUAACUAUUGCAGCAACUAUCGUAGUUGUUGCAGCAAGUACCAUAGUUAUUGUAAGCAUUGAAUCGGGAUUCGAUUCAACUGGUUUUCUUUCUUCUUCCGCCAUUGAAGCUCCUUUGUGGAAGCAAAGGACAUGA